CCAGGAGAGCGCACGGCGGGCGCUGCGGGCCCCUAGCGCUCCCGCCGCCGCCGCCGCUGCUCUCGGCCCUGCGGGCCGGCCAUGCCCGGUGCUCCGGCCGCGGCGCGCACCCAGGCCCGGCGAUGAGGAGCGGCGCCGAGCGCAGGGGCAGCUGCGCCGCGGCGCCUCCAGGCUCGCCGCCCCCCGGCCGCGCGCGCCCCUCCGGCCCCGACGCGCCCCCGGCCCUGCAGCCGCCCGCUGCCGGCCAGUCCCGGGCCCGGGACUCGGGCGAUGCCCGCGCGCAGCCGCGCCCCCUGUUUCCGUGGAGCAAGUGGAAGAAGAGGAUGGGCUCGUCCAUGUCGGCGGCCACGGCGCGGAGGCCGGUGUUUGACGACAAGGAGGACGGUGACUGCUUCGUUCCCCUUCUUCCGGUCAUUGGUGGGGCUCAGAUAGCUUGGAGUCAUGGCACAGUGUUUGCAGGAGAAUGUGGUGCAGCGCUGAGUGAAAGCGGGGACGCGCGUCAGUGGGAGUGACGCUGUUGGAAGGAGAAAGGUGAAUGUUU